AUGGCUCGCUUCGCCGUGGUCGCCGCCAUCGUCGCGCUCCUCGCCAUAACAGCCGCCGCGCAGAGCCCCAUGCCGGCGCCCAAGAUGGCCCCGCUGCCAACACCGCCGGCGAGAUCCCCGGUCGCCACGCCUCCAACCGCUGCGGCGCCGACUCCGAUGGCCGCCUCUCCGCCGUCCCCGCCAACGGCCGGCUCGGCCACCACCGACGCUCCUUCCGCAAUGACGCCCUCCGCGGUCUCCGUCGCACCGGCCGGAGCACCCGCCGCAGGCGCUCCCGCGAGCUCUGCUGUGUACGCCUCCUCCGUCAGCUUCUUCGCCGUCGCUGGCGCAGUCGCUGCCGCCGUCAUGUUCUAG